UAUUAUCUGUAUAUGGUGAUGAACUGAAAUUGGAAAUCCAAUUUUAUCCGCCGCAACCUUAUCUCGGAUUUCCUCCAAAUGUAACCACCGACGUCCCGCGUGGAACCACAGUAUAUCACGUCACCAAAGAGUUUGGAGGCGCCGUUGUGGGAAGGCUAGGUCAUACCGUGACAGCGUUGGCGAAAGGACAAACUGUUGACAAAAGACUUAACAUUAACAUUAUAAUGCCUCAUUAUUCUCAUCUGAAUGAAUUAUAUCCACACGAGGACUUUGCAAAAUUGAGCAUCGACGUGCAAGAUGGCUAUGGUAAUUGGGCAAAGGUCACGUUCAGCGUCAGAAGGAUUAACUGGAAUUUCACCGAUAGUUCGGAUCAAUCAACCCUUCGGAGGAAUCAUGUCUACUUGAUUGGACGUGCGAUCGAUUUUUACCCAUUCUCUUUGGCAUUCAGGACGACAAACUCUUUGGACAUUCAUUCGACGCAACGUGGAUUACCACAGGAAUGGAAAGACAUCUACUUUUGUAAAGCCGCGGCAGAGCUCAUUAUCUAUUUAAAUGAGAUUCCAGAAACAUCUCUUUUCUCUCCAUCCGAUUCCAGGGGCGUAGACAUCGUGCAUUUGCAUGGGGCCACAAAUGCAUUUAACAAAUCGAUCGGACCUUGCGAAACAUAUUCAUGGACGACAAUUUUAUCCGUCUGCAUUUGCGAUCGAUAA